CCUCCUCUCGCACUUGCGACUACCCAUGCUACCCCGCCCAUCCUAGCUACUCGCAUUGCAGCCUCUGUAGCGCAAUGGACGGACCAGAUGGUCCAGCAUCCCGCAGCUCCAGCUCCCAGAACACAUCUAGCAAGCCCCGCGACAAUGGCACGCACGCCCACCUGCGCUUCUUCAUAGGCCCUCUCCCCGACAAGAUCGUGUCCGACACUGAGACGCGCCUCGAGCGCUCACGCUUGCGCACAUUUUUGCGCCUGCCCGGUUCCGCGGACGAUGAUGGCAGCGCAGGCGCGGUUAGCGAGCUCAUACGCGACCAGGCCUUCAACAUAUACAUCCGCGAGGGCGGGCGGGAGGAGAACUGGGGAGAGGACCGCGAGGAAUCCGUGGUCGAUGACCUCAUGCGGCGCUGGCGCGAGAGCGAGUGGGCGCGGGCGCUGAGCCGGCGCAAAGGUCAGGGCCAGGCGCAGCGUUGGGUCGGGAACAGCUUCGAGGUGGGGAACUUCCUGGGGAGCAAUGUGCUCAAGGAGCGGAUGUACAGCAGGAGCACGCGGAGCCUGGUGUCGACACCGGGGCGGCCGAGCGUGUCGUCGCCGCCGCAGGAGCCUGCUUCGCCGACGACGGGGCAACAAUGUUACUUCACUGCGCAUACUAAUCCUACGCGACGUCCGUCGGAUGGGGAAUCCUUCUUCAGCGCAGCUAUAGCGAACGAUCAAAGAACUCCCUCGAGUACAGCCCCAAUCGACCAUUCCUCAACCAAACUCCCUGAUCAUCUCCCCCAAUCCCACCCUGACGCCUCAUCGCAUCCUCGUCCGCAUGCCUUGUCCCUCCAACCUCAUACCGACGCCCACCUCAAAUCCAUCAUCAGUCUACCAUCCCUCGCCAUACAGAGCGAUAGCGCCGUGAACACGCCCAAUGCUCCCAGAACACCCAACAAGCGCGUCGUUCACUACGCCGAUUCUCCUGUCAAAUCCCCCAAAGUCGCGAAGGCGCCGCGCUCACCCAUCAGUGGCCUGCCGACCGAGUCUGGUGGUGCACCUAGUGGACAACAGGGUCCUUCGUAUGCGUCAGAACCUUUGGCCGCUUCCCCGACUGAGUCCAGUUACCCGAACGAAGAGGAAUCCCCCGUCUCUCCGACGGAGGUGCUUCAACGAUCCGGGACUGACGUCCAAGACACAAGUGCAGGUGCUACUCAGGACUCGCUGGUCCAGGCCGUAGAGACGGACUAUAAUGGCGUUGUAAUGAGAGACCGAAUGCUUGUCCGCCCUGCCUUCCUUCGCGAAGCGACCGUCUCGCCACACUUCGACGAGGCGGAGAACCGCACUACGCGACACGUAUUGUACAGCGACUGGAAGGAGUACCUCGUCGUAUGGCGACAGAAUCGGGUGGAGCUGUAUGAGGAUUAUAGCACACCCGGCAAGGAAUACAUCACCGGCCACAAGCAUCUCGCGCACACCAUAUUCCUGUGGAAGCACAAGAUUAACCUGACGGUUUACUCCUUCGUCGACAUGAGCUUCUGCUUGUUCUACCGGACGACGAGUUCACGCUCAAAGCAGGUCCUUCACAUCGACACCCCGGGGACAAACAUCUUCGUGUUCAAGGUGAAGACGCGGUCGCGGGCGGUAGACUGGUAUUGGGCCUUAUGGCGCAAACUCGGCGGCGAGGUCCCACCUACACUCGAGGUUCACAACCCGCUUUUGGACACGCGGCUGCGUGUCGAGGUCCCCGACCUCAGCAUCAUGCCGAUCGAGAAGGCCGCGCAGUUGCUGAGUCGGGAUAAUUUGGUCAAGUUGUGCAUCAAGUCGUUGAGGGGGGCGGGCGAUUUUAAGGCGGAGGUGGAGAGGGCGCUGGCUAGAGGUGUCCGCCUCGGACUUGCGUGGCGCAUGAACACAAAUCUCGACUGGAUUUGGCUUGACGAGGACGUGAGGGGCAACCCGAGAUAUUGGGCUGUACUGUACGGGCUAGCGCUCAAACAGGGUCGCACUCCCACCCACCUCGAGAUUCGCCUCGGGCGCCACUAUCCCGAGCACCUGCGCACCGAGACCAUCAGACACGACCCCGCAGGAUUGAACAGACGCGACCCAGUCUCCAAGCGCAUCGAAGAGCCCCUCUCCAUCGAGGGCUACGUCGAUCGCAUCCGGCCGAACACGCAGACUAAAGACCCGGUGUAUCUGAGCACGCACGACGGCUUCCUGUUCUUCGUGAAUCAGGGCGUAGCGCAGCCGCCUCAGCCGCCCGGAUUUGUGCACUCAGUGCAUGCGAACGGAAACUACGCGAACAUCUUGCGCCGCUCCGAGGUCCGACGCGGCGCGCGGCAGGUUAUGGCGGCGCACGCCGUAUGCGAGUUGCGAGCCAUCGUCGCAGUGCGUCGCGCCUUCCAGGUCGCUGGGGACAGGUCCCAUAAGAAGAUGCGGAGGUCGUUCGAGCUGCUGCUGAGGAAUGGGCAUGUCAUGCGGUUUGAGGCGAUACUAAUCCUCGUCUGCCUCACCCAGACCCACUCCUGCAAGAACGCCAUCGAGUGGAUCACCAGGCUCCGGCGGCUCGUCUCCUACUGGCGCCUGCGCAAGCGCAUCGAUGCGCAAGAGGAGAUGGAGCUCGCGAGGGCGCGGCGGCCGUUGAUCACGCCCCACCUGCACCCCUACCACCGCGACGAGACUGCGCGCGCGCCCGAGCCGCCCCCGGAUGCGUCGGCGCCGCUGCCGGCGUUGGGCUCGUUGUUCAAUUGGUGCGUUAUUGAGGGGUGCAAGCCGGUGAUCCGGGCGGGGAGGGUGUUUAUGAGGCGGGGGUUGAAUGGACCGUAUAAGGAGGUCCGCCUGUUCCUCAUCGCUGGACACUUGAUCUCGUUCCGCAUGCGCCGAGGUUCGCUCGUACACCGCGCGAUGAAGCGCAAGCUCAACCUUGUGGAUGCAUAUGUCGUCUCUGGGUACUUCGCCGCUCUCGCUCUCCCGCGAGGUCAGUUCAGCCCUGGGGACGAAAGCCUGCCCAGACGAUACCAAGAUGGCCUCGAGGCCGACGACCCCGAGGACGACCUCCUCUUCAUGAUCUGGUAUCGCAAGCAGCCACCCUCGCUCGGUCCGGCGAACGUCACCGACGACGGGGUCAUCGAGGCCCCUGCGGUACCGCCCCCCGCAGGUAUUCCGGCGCUGAAGGCGAAGGAGACGGUAGCGGUCUUCCGCACGAGGAGCAAGCUGGAGAGAGAUGCGUGGUGUUGGGCCAUCAACUGCGAGAUUGAGAAGAUCGUGAGGGAGCAGAAGGAGAGGGAGGAGAGGUUGAGGAAUACGGGGAAUUUGAGGCCGAUUAGGUGACGGGGAAUUUGGGAAGGUUAUGGACGACGAUACCCUUGUCGCAUUGUAUACCACUUGCAUAACAUACCACGGACAGUCACACUUAUUAUUCGACACUCGUUUUGCAGGAGUUGUGGGUUCAUGGGUUUGAAGGCAUGGUCUAGGUAGUAUAUGUAAGGUGACAGGACACGAAGACGAUUACUUCUUCGGCUUCUUGGCACUGGGGACAGGUUAUCAGCACGUAAAGUAGACCUGAAGGACAGUACAACGCACCCGUAUCUACUGCGUGCAGACACACGGUUGACCACACCACCCAGGUCGAGCGCGCCACGGACGAGACGGUACCUGGAGAGGAUUGGCAAAAGCACCUCAGGCAACACGACAACGCGCACCUGACACCAGGCAAAUCUUGCGCCGCACCACCUCUGACCAGGACCACACUGUGCUCCUGCAGGUUGUG